CUUGCUCCAUAUCGAUCCACUCGCUACCACUUGAAUGAGUGGGCUGCUCAAGGGCAUAACCCAUCCACUGCCAAAGAACUAUUCAAUUUGCGCCAUUCAACUGCUAGAAAUGUGAUAGAGAGAACAUUUGGGCUAUUGAAGAUGAGGUGGGCUAUACUAAGAAGCAACUCAUAUUUUGACUUGCAAAAUCAGAUUAGGAUCAUUAAUGCUUGCUGCAUAUUGCACAACUUUGUAAUUGAUAGACAGAGAGAUAUGGAUGAUUUACUUAUACACCAAGUUGAUCAAGUAAUAUCUUUUGAACCUCAUGAAGUUCAAAGUGAAGUGGGUAUGAUUACCAAUGUUCAAUCAACAAAUGAAUGGAGCAAUUUUAGGGAUACCAAAGCUAACCAAAUGUUUGCUGAUUACCAAGCAAGACGUGGUCAAUGAUAUGGAGAAGGGCAAGAAGUCAGGCUCGGGCAGGGGUUACAUUUCUUGGAAUGAUGACAUGGACAAGGCUCUUCUUGACACAUUUGUGGAGUACUAUAACAAGGGUGACAGAUGCCAGAAUGGGUGGAAGUCUCAUGUCUAUACAGCUGCUAUCAAGAAUGUCCGAGAAAAGUGUAAUGUGGAUAUCUCAAAAGACAAUAUCAUGGCGAGGAACAAGACCUUUGACAAACACUACACUAUCAUCAAUGGUAUGCUGGAAUCAAGUGGAUUUGGUUGGGAUUGGAACAAAAAUAAAAUAUCUGUUGAUAGUGAUGCUGUAUGGGAAGAAUAUGUGGCGAAAAACAAAGAAGCUUCUGGGUAUAGGCACAAGAUUAUCUUGUACUGGGACUCAAUCAGCUUGGUGUUUGGCAAAGACCAUGCUACCGGUGAAGCGGCAAGGACUGCAGCUGAGAGCUCAAAAGACAUGAGUAAGGAAGAUCUUAGUAACAAAGAGCCCACAUCAUCGGCAACUUCAGGAAGUUUAAAGAGGCAACGGUCAGGUGACUCUUUUACCUCUAUGAUAGCUGAAAAAAUGGACAAGUUCGCUGAAGCACUAAAGGAGGAAGCCCCUAAAGGACCAACAUCAAAAGAAAUUCUAGACACACUGAAUGAAGUACAAGGAUUGGAUGAAGACACUUUGUUGGACCUAUUUAAUAUCCUGACCGGUGAUGCACGCAAGUAUGAGUCUUUGUUGGCACUUCCAGUGGGGAUGAGGAAAAGGUGGCUCUUAAAGCAACUCAAAAAGUGA